CAAAUACUAUAAUUUAAAAUUAUAAAUUGAUUAUAAAAACAGAAAGGAGAAGAAGGCGAAGCAGACUGAGAAGAACUUCGAAGCACACCGCAGCUUCAAUCGGAGAGACUCUCGAGAGACGGUAAAGAGGUACGAAAAAUGAGCAGCAUAGGCACCGGCUACGAUCUGUCCGUCACCACAUUCUCGCCGGACGGCCGCGUUUUCCAGAUCGAGUACGCCGCCAAAGCCGUCGACAACAGCGGAACCGUCGUUGCAAUCAGAUGCAAAGACGGCGUUGUUAUGGGAGUUGAAAAACUGAUUGCUUCGAAAAUGAUGUUGCCUGGAUCCAAUCGUAGAAUCCACGCCGUUCAUCGUCAUUCCGGAAUGGCUGUCGCUGGAUUAGCUGCGGAUGGCCGGCAGAUUGUUGCUAGGGCAAAAUCUGAAGCAACUAAUUACGAACGUGUUUAUGGUGAGCCAAUUCCUGUGAAAGAGCUUGCAGAGCGUGUAGCUAGUUAUGUGCAUCUGUGCACACUAUAUUGGUGGCUGAGGCCUUUCGGCUGUGGAGUGAUUCUGGGUGGUUACGACAGAGAUGGGCCGCAGUUGUAUAUGGUCGAACCAUCUGGUGUUUCUUAUAGAUACUUUGGUGCUGCUAUAGGGAAAGGGAGGCAAGCUGCAAAAACAGAAAUUGAGAAAUUGAAGCUUUCUGAUAUGACAUGCCGACAAGGGAUUAUUGAGGUGGCUAAAAUUAUUUAUGGAGUGCAUGAUGAGGCGAAGGACAAGGCCUUUGAAUUGGAACUGAGCUGGGUUUGUGACGAGUCAAACCGUCAGCACCAAAAGGUCCCGGAGAAUCUAUUAGAGGAAGCAAAGUCAGCAGCUAAAGCAGCACUCGAAGAAAUGGAUGCAGAUUAGUCUCUUUUACCCUCCUCUACUGUUAUAUUUACUUUCCGGUUUUACUCUAUGAACAUUUUUCAUUGAAUCCCGAUGUGAUAACUUGAUGAAAAGACAUGUCCCGUGUUAGUUUGCUUGCUUGCUGGUUCAUCUUUAACUUUGCGAACUUGGAUUUCA